GCUGACGUCGAUAACUACAUAUUCUUACUACUAUUAUAAUUCAAGAGAAAACAAUUUCGGGACAGGACUGUACAUGGUGUAUACAGAUGUCUGUCAAACUGGGCAGCCUAUCGAGCUUUUCCAUGUCUUUGUCAAGGAAGGUUCUGAAUCUGAGGCCAUGUCGUACUGCGCUAAGCCAUUCUUGGGGGUGUUCACUUACAUUCACACUUCCUCCUCAGCUGAGUGUGGCCUGAAUUGGGGCGACUCCCUCCUAGACGUCUGUAACAACAACAGAACCAACAUGGUCUUUGAUUACAGUCUAUGCAACACCAGAGUGGCUUUCUCUGCGGGAGGACAUGUGGGUUGUGUCGCUACCCUCAACAAUGGCAGCACAUAUUACCAGAGUGUCAUCAACUUUGAUACCACUCUUACUGUAUCCCCAAGAGCUUACAGAUUCACUUGUUUUGUGAUUGAAUUUGAUGGGGAAAAUGUCACAGCAUCAGAAAAGGGAGAGAACUGUGAUUCUGGUCAAACAGCUACCAAAUUGCAAAAAAGGGCAGCCCACAUAGAGACACCGAGUUCGCCAGAAGAUUCGGACAACACAGCCGCCAUUGUGGCGGGCGUGGUGGUGACGGUAUUAGUUAUAGCAAUCAUUAUAGGGGCAGUACUGGGGUAUAGAUAUUUCAAAAAGAAGCAAGAGGAAAAACUUUUCACCAAGAGAAAAAUCAAUCCUUUGAUUACUGUUGGAACGGUUGGCAGUCUGAAGAAAAUGCCGGAACCUUUGGUCAAUACGAACCACAACAGCAGCAAAACCAAAGAUAAGAAUCUCAGCAAUAAAAAUAACGGGUCCACUGAUAAUAGUCUUAAUAACAACAACAGUAGCACAUCUAGUGAUGAUAUAUCCAGUAACACAGACAACAAGAAAAUGGAUGACAACAAGGCGGUUCCACAACCGGAAAUACUGGUGACAAUUGACAGCGAAUUGCAAGAUGUAGAUGCUGAUAAGGAAAGCAAGGAACAAAAAGUGCCAGAAAUAGAUGAAACAAAUGGAGAUAAAGUAAAGAAAGAUAAAGCAGAUAAAGUAGAUAAAACAGAACACAAGGAAGAGAAGAACAUACCGAAUGGAACAGUCACCGUGUUUGACCUUACCGAAAACGAGGCGAAUGUUUUGAAGACGAAUCAACCUAAUGGAGUGAUAAGUAAAGAGGAUAUGAAAAAUAAGCCUGAUAAAGAAAUGGGUGAAAAUUCCGAAAGUGUUAAGCCUGAGAAGAGGGUUACUUUUCCAGAUCAACCACCAGAAGGACUAGGGAAACGAGAAAAAACAAUUCUUCCUUCGGACGAGGCCAAAAGGGCUCCGAAUGAGGAGGUGUCCAAUUUUGGGAAGGACAAAACCGGUAUGAACUCGAGAAUGCCCAGCAGAGGAGGAGUAAAACCCACAGAGAGUAGUGGGUCUCUAGAUGUUCUGUUUGGCAAGAAUGGUGUCCUGAAACCAGAGCCCCAGGACCCGCACAGCACACUGGGUCCACGUGACACCACUCUAACUGAUAUAAUCAUAUAA